AUUUAUGAGCUAGCAGCGGCCUGUAAGAAUUCGAUUAUUUGUUCGAAGAAUCGUAAUAGUUGGAUUCACGACUGUGGUAAAAUGGAGUACACGGUUCUGGCACGUGUGGCAUCUUCCUCAGAUAUUUAUGAGAUCCCAUACUUUUGUAUCUCGACAUGUGGUUCACGGAAGUGAACAAGCGUAAUUAUCCUCUGCGUGGUAAUGGCGAUUGUUGUAAAUUAAAAAAAAGAGAGAGGCGCGCAUGUCAGUCUUCAUGUAGAAUCGGACAUGGACAACUCUUUCGAAAAUGCAGACUUAGAAUGGGCUAUUGGGAUAAACCGUUUCACUCUGAAGAUCCUCGGCCUAUGGCCCGACGAGAGAUUGAAUCGUCAACAAAGAUUCUUGGCGAACCUACGAGCUUUCAUCAUCUUCACCACAAUGAUUCUCGUGUCGGUCAUACCCGCGUACAUCUCGCUGAUGAGGGUCUGGGGCGACAUGAUGGCGAUCAUAGACAAUCUGCAAGUCACGUUACCUUGCUCAAUAGCUGCCUUGAAAAUCAUCAUCAUGUGGUCUCGAAAGGAAGAUCUCACGCCGAUCGUAAACAUGGUCGUGGCAGAUUGGAUUAGGACGAAGACGGAAGAGGAGCGCGACACCAUGAUAAGACAGGCGAGGAUUGCCAGAUGGAUUGUCGUAUUUGGAUGCAUCAUAAUGAUCCUAGAGAUCAUUAUCAUCGUCAUCCCACCGUGUUUCGGGUAUUCCAUGAGAUACCUGACAAACAUCACCGAUAAACCGGGUAAACCGUUGCUGCUGCAAACGUAUUACUUGCGGGAUACGACGGAGAGCCCGUAUUUCGAGAUCGUGUUCGUCGCCCAAGCCAUAGCCGUCGUGAUGUGUGCGUUCUCCUACACCGCGACUGACAAUUUCAUGGGGAUAGUCAUCUUUCACAUAUGCGCGCAGAUGGAGAUCCUCAAAGCGCGAUUACUCAAUCUGCAAGGUUUCAAAGAUUUCAACGUUGGAUUGUCCACGAACGUCCAGGAUCACCUGCGUCUCAUCAGAUCCGUCGAUGUCAUCGAGAAUACAUUCAACUUGAUGCUCCUGGCACUGUUAGUGUAUUUUACUAUAUUGUUUUGUCUCCAAGGCUUUCUGAUAAUUAGCAUCAUUGAUGAGGGUGGCAAUGUUUCCUUCCCGCGAAUAUGUUGGCUCGUCUCGGUACUCAUUAAUACAUUCGUUCAUAUGUGCCUCUACUGCGUAGUCGGUGAAACACUCAUCGCAAAGUGUGAGGGCAUAUAUUAUGCGGUAUAUGACUACGCUUGGUAUUUGCUGAAACCGAAAGAGGCCAGAAGCCUGAUGCUAAUAAUGAUUCGCGCCGACAAGCCUCUUUAUAUUACCGCAGGAAGGAUAUUUCCCAUGACGUUAUCCAUGUUCUGUAGCGUAAGACUGCUUGUUACUGUUACUUAAACAUUUGCAUAAUAUAAUCAAGACAUCAGCCGGUUACAUAUCCGUAUUGCUUGCUAAUCGAUGAUGUCUAGACAUUGACAAGGACAAUCUUCGAUAGAAUUCAAUUGUUUGCAAUAAGACAAAAACAUGUUAUUGAGUAGCUCUCGAUCAAACGGAAUUUCCUUUCGUGAAUUGAAAGAAAUUGCUAACUCGAAUGAACGGAAUGAACGAAACUCUCGUGUGUAUUAUCGGUUGCAAUAAAUAAUUAUACUUGCAGCAA